UGUGCAGUUCAAUUCUUUUUUAGUGUAUAAAGAACUCAAAAACGAACACCUACCACAUCUCGAAAAACUGUCGUCUAAAGACUUUCGUAGAAGUAUCUACCAAGGUAUACUCGCCCCGGCUCUGGCAAAGAAAUCUACAAUACGGUCAAAACGCCAUAGUGGCUCUGGGCCUUCGUCUCCAUUGCCUGUGCAGAUAAAACGACAUAAGCCCACAGUUCCAGCAGAACUACGCAAGGAAAGCAAUUUACAUCAACCUGAAAGAAGUACUUCAAGAAGGUGUGCAAAAUGCAGUACCAAAAAAAGUCCAGUACGUACUAUCUGGCAGUGUAAUACCUGUAAGGUACCUCUCUAUAUCCAUACUACUAAAUCCUGUUUUUCAGAUUUUCAUAAACAAUGAUUAACCCGUUAUUUGGUUAUUACAUUGUAAAAAAUGUUUGAUUAUUAUUUUCCUUAUAUGGUCACAGUGGUUAGUAAACUAACCACUCUAUUCCGUAAAAGCCUUAAGUAUAUGUUAUGUUUUUUUGUAUUUUUCCUAUUAAAUAAAGCAUAAUUAAACCAUAUUAUGUACUGUUUUAUUUAUAAUUCGAACUAUGUGAAAGUGUGCCUGAAAGAGUUAAAAAGCUAUCUGUCACUAUUUGAAUCUGAGCUGAGCAUGGCCUAUCAGUCUUUUGAUGAUUGUUGGCUCUGUCUAUCCCGCAAGGGAUAUAGACGCGAAUAUAUGUUUAUGUUAAAUAGCUACAUAGCCAUUCACCAGACCCAGUAUUAUUUAUUACCAAGUGGAAGUUGUAAAUACCAUAUCUAGCUAAUGGCCUUAACAGCUAGUUUUAAAAUCUUGUUUCAUCUAAUAAAGGUUUCAUGCAUAAAUUAGUCUGUCCGUCUCAUAAAUUCGCGCCACACACCUUUGACUUCAUUACUGCGGGAUUUUUUUUUAAAUGCCGUUGUCAAAUAAUAAGAAAUAAGUCACUGUCAGUCUCAGAACUGACAAAAAUUGAGUUUGUAGAAAAGCGUGUUUUGUUUGCCCUGUGUUAUUUUUGAGAGCGAAUUAAUUAAUCUUGAAUGCAAUUAAUUAAAUAUUAUGUGCAUUUGUAUUUUAAUCUCUGACUCACGUUACAAAGAAUUGAUUUUAUAAGUCAAAGAAAACUAGAUCUUUCCCGCCAUGGCUUGCCGUGGUCGCUGGAUAACUUUCGUAUUAUUUCCCACUUUAUUUACAUUUGCUAUUUCUUUGCCCUACGAUGUUCACUGGCUCGGAGGAACAACUACAAUAGAGAGAGACAUACCAACGCCAAAACAAGCUGUAGAUAUUUAUUGCUAUCCGGGCACCAACAAAAACUUAUUUGCCAUUUGGCAGACUGUAAAGUUCCAUUUAAGAAUAAAGAAUGAUGACUUUCGUCAAUAUUUUGGUACAACACCCGAAGACGUGUAUAAACAGUACACAGAAGACAGCUUCGUCUGGUCUGUCAAUCCUUUCCAGAGUAGAGUGACUCGGACCACCACAUUGAGUCUGUUUGCGCCCACAUGUAUGGCGGUCAACACAAAGCAGAGACAUACUGUUGAGUUGCAAGUUAUAAGAAUUGACAUAUGGAGGAUAAUACUGAUGUUGGCUGGUAUCACACUGAUCCUGUCAUCGAAAGCUCUGUGCGGAAACCCUGUGUUUUUCUACCUGUGCGGUGUGUUUGUGGGUGUGUUCGCGUCUUUUAUGGUGCUCGUGUAUUAUAUUAGCAAGCUGUUGCCGGGAAAGAAAACCCUAACAUACGGUAUCCUGAUUGGGGGGUGGACGGUCGGCGUGUACAUAUUCCAACAAAUAUGGGAGAACACGCGGACACUACUCGCUUCGUAUCAGACAUACGUGGUGUGGUACUUCCUGGCUGCCAGCUUGGCGAGCUUCCUGCUGUGCUACAGGAUAGGGCCCCCGAGGAAUGCCAGGAGCAAGAAUAUGGUCAUGUGGAUCUUGCAGGUGGUGGGCGUCCUAAUGAUAUUCUUCAGCAGCGAUUAUCAGGACGCGUCGGGCGCUGUCAUCGUCCUCUCUCUAUUAGUCAAGUACUUCCCCCAGUCACUGCUAUACAGGAUACAAGGAUAUUGGCGAAGAAAAUUCCCUCCAAAACCGCGUUUACUAACAAACGAAGAAUAUUAUGAGCAAGGCGCGCGAGAAACCAAGCAUGCUUUGGAGAAUUUGAGGAAGUACUGCUCGAGUCCCGACUGCGCGCAAUGGAGUAUCAUGCUCAAGCUGAAUGACUCUAAAAGAUUCGCGAGUUUCGUGGAGGGCAAUUCUCAUCUCAGCGACUCUGAGGUGCUCGACUACGAGUCGUACGCGUUCUCUCUCGACCGGAAGCCGAGCUGCCGGCGGACGCUCGAAAUCUCUGACGAUGACUCCACUGACGACGACUUAUAAUAGGAGCAGCCCUGCGGUCUGCAGACGGGUGAUGGAAAUCUCAGAUGAUGAUUCUUCGGAAUAUGAAGAAUAAAUGUUUGUUUCAUGUUUCAUGGUUUCAAAGAAUUAAUUAAUACUAAUAACAUACUGAUGAUAUUUGUACCAUUAUUUUUCAAUGAUAGUCUUAAAGGAAAUCGUUAAAAAAAUCUUGUUAUAAAAGGCUAAGACUUAUUUGGUGGCACCUUUACAACUUUAGUUUUGACAUAGAUUUGAUAAAUUUCAAAACUGACAUACAUAUAGAAGUUAUUUUAUGACAAAAAAAAAUUGCAAAAACAAUAAAAUGAAUUGUUACUUAUUACGACUUCAGAUGUUCACAAAUUAAAAUAAAUAAAACGCGAAAAUAAAAUUUAUCAUUAUUUGACAUUUAAAGAAUUCAGUGAUAAAUAGUGCCUCAAAGUAUGAGAGGAUGAGAGGGAGUUCCAACAUUGCAUCUUAGUACAAAAGUAAUAGGAUAUUAUUAAGUUUGUUAAACUGUACAUUACUUAUCCCAAUUAAUGUUCAAAUGCAAAAGUAAAUUAGUUUGUUGUUUUAACGCGUUAUCUACUGAACUAAUCUUCUUCAAAUUUUGCAUAUAUGUACAUAGGGUGCAACUGGGAACACGCCAGGAUGACAGAGAUAAUUAAGAGUCUGGAGAAGGACACAGAGUACUUUAAUCCCGGUAAAAACUAGUUCCUGUGGGAUUUGCGAAAUACCUGUUUCUUUUGUAGGUGGCGCUAAAUUCGCGCGUGCGAAGCUGCGGGCAAAAUAUAGUGUUAAUUAAUGAAAGGCAGGUAAGUAUAAUGUCUGAAAAAGUAACUGAGAUGGAAACACGUAGGAGGGAAUCUCUAAAAAAACUAGUCCAUAGAAGUGUAGAAGAUACUGAUUUAACAGUUUCGCGUUGCGUUAUAGGUACUAUUUAUAAAUACUACAGGUAUUAGACUCGCUCGUAACGUACUUUAUUUUAUCUCGAAUCAUGUUACAAUAAUCCGAUACAAUGACCGUGAUAAAAUUAACUUACGUUACGUGCGCGUUUAAUACCUGUAGAUUUUCAUACAUAUUUAUAAAUAGUUAAGGGCAUUUUCUUGUGCUUGCCGUAUGGACUCGACUUAUGGGAAUAGUGUGCAAGGAAGAUUUGCUGAUCAGACUUAACACAUCAUAUGCGAGUCCUGUUAGGAAUCAAGUUAUUUUUUAUUUUUUUAUUUAAAUAGGGAGUCGAUACUGUAGUUUAAUCGAGUUAUUGCGAGCGGUACUAAACCAAGUGACCAUUUUGUAUAAAAAGAACUGAUUUAUGUAAUUUGUAAAAGAAAAAAAACAUGAUUUGUUAGUAAUAAUUUAUU